AUGAAAAUGAAACGCUUAUCCGGCUGCAAAUAAAACUAGAUGAAUUACCAGAGUUACUGAAUACGACGGAAUCUGAUCUGCAGGAGGCAAUGCGAGAGGGUAUGCGACUUGUAUCUAAAACCCGUAGGCUGGACUUAACGUUGGAAAAAUAUCAUAACAAAAAAAUUCACUCUGAGGACGCCAUAUUAAAGUUGGUGCAAGAUCACCUAAUUACCGACAUGGCAACCGCUUACCGUUUAAAACUACUUACUAAAUCUCAGGAACGACGUCGUAAUGUAGAUUUGUCAUUGUCUAAAGUUCAAAAUCAAUUGGCAUCAUCAAUGCUUGAAGUUGAAAAACUUAGAUGUGUAGUCUUUAGUGCAAGAAAAUAUAAUGAAAGUACAACAAGAAUUUUAAAAAAUUUGGAAGAAAAAUCGAACACCCUUGAAAAUGACUUAAAAAAAAUGCACAUUCAAAUAGAAAUUAAAAUGAAAAUGUUUGAAAAGGUCAACAAUAAAUUGGAACAAAUUGAAAAAUUAUUUGGUGGUACAUCUGGAAAUCCUACAAAUUUGAAGGUCAAACAAAUUGAAAAAACUAUUCACACUGGAGAGCUGCAAGUUCGUGAGCAUCAACAGUUUUGGAUAAUGCUGCAAAAUCACUUUGUUAAUCUGUCUCAAAAAAGAAGUGACCAGUUAAAUGAAAUUCAAGUUACUCGAAAACAACUUUCAAUUAUUAAGCAAAAAUCACUUAAAAUUGAUCAAGAGCUGGAAUUAUCACAAAGAAAAUCAAAAGAAUUACAUCUAUUGAUUAAAAGUUUUACAUCAAAAUUGGAACUACUUAAUGAGAAAAUAUAUAAAAAAAGAAUGCACCAUGAUAUUGAAGAAACUGAUUUCGAGCACGAACAGGCUGACCAAACCCAAAAACUUAAGGUUGACGAGCUCGGAGUACUAAAGUUGGAAGAAACAAUUAAUGAGCUGCAAAACGAAAUUGGGCUUCAAAAAGAUUUCGUUAUAGAUAACCACAGAGAAACAUUAUCGUGGGAAACUAAAUAUAAAUUGCUUGAGGAAACUAUAGAGUGGGCGAAACUAGAGCGAUCUGUAGACGGAGAAAUCGGUCAGAUGAAAACAGAAAUUCAUCGCAUGACUAUAAGAUAUUCUCAACUUAAACGAGCACAGGAAAGUCUUGUUCUAGAUUUAGAACAUUGCGUUAUGCACCGGGAACAAAUAUUUGUCAAUGCAUCAGUGAAAGAACACUUACAAGCCAAGCUAAAAAAAUUAAAAAAUGCUUCUCAUGUUCAGGUCAGACUUGAUGAAGUUCAUAAUAGAACUAAACUCAUACGUAAUGAAAUAAAGUUAUUGUCGGAGAAGCACUUAAUUGACGAUGUCAAUAAAAUUGAGCGAAUGAUUUAUAUGUUACGAAGAAUUGAAACGGAUCUUAAAGAAAUAAUAAAGGAUGAUGCCAACAUUCAGGAGCGAAUCCAAGAAGGGAUUUUAGCUAAGCAUGCCAAUUUGGAGCAAAUAAUCCGGAAGCAAAUAAGAGCAAAAGCUUAUCGAAGACUUAAUUUAUUAAAAUCAAAGCAGAAAAUGGUUCGAUCAGAUGUGGCGGUUCAACAAAUAUCACAAAAGCAAUGCGAGCUCAAUGAAAGUCUUACGGAAAUCGCACAGAAUCUAUUACUGGGCUUUCCUAAUAGCAAAACAUUUUUUACGAAAGUACUUCACGUUUUAAAAGACUAACUGAAAUAAAAAUAAAUACGCAUAUUGGAGUUAA